AUGAUUGGAGAUAGUUUGAUAGCACGUAUAUGUAUUCGAGUUUUGAUGUGGGUUUGGUCAUUUGCCAUACCAUUUUUGUCAUUUAUAUACUAUCUCUUCUAUGUGACUCAGCGAAAAUCAUUGUUGGUUGAGUGGUUCCCAAAUACCUUCUCGUCAGAAAUUAUAGACACUUCGAUAUUCGUCUUCUUGCAUUAUUGGCUAGGUUUUGAAUUAGUAUUUCACCUUUAUUUCGAAGUGACAAGGUCGAGAUUUCAAAAACUUUCACAACCAGUUGUUCCUCCCAAACAUGUUAGGGCCGAGCUCCUCAAAGAUUGUCUGGCAACUCUCGACAAUUUUGAAACUUGGAUUGAAGGCUGGUUUAACGUUGGUCACAAGAAAACCGCUUUUAACAAUAUUUACAGAGAAAACUUUGCCGAAUGGUACUCAUACCUCUCGUUAGCCUGGAGUUUCUUUUCGGCUUCACUGAAGGAAGUACGUCAAAAUCCGGAAUACUCUAUAGAACUUGAAGAAAUAAUUAAUACUAUUGAAGCUCAGAAGAAGGUCAGAUUUCCUGAAGGACGUAACCCUGAAUGCGAAUGCAUAAGACUCACCUUGGAUCCGGUUAAAGCUAUACCCCGACCUUUCGUCGUUUAUGUGGCAAUUUUCUUGAUGAACUACGCAUUUAGCCUACUAUUAAAAUUUUACGGUUUCAAACGGUUUGGAUCAAAGGAGAGCAUACUGAACGGUUAUUGGUCGAGCACCCUUGAGUUUGACAUUCAAGAAGAAUCUAGUUCCUCUCCAUCACAAAUUACAUAUUGGUACUAUAAUCCGCAAUCCAACAAUGAAUCUCUAUCCAAGAAGGGUCAACAGAAACCAAUUGUAUUCAUACACGGCGUGGGUGGUUUAUGCUUUUAUGUAAGCUUUGUGAAAAGGUUGCGAAAUUUGGAACGUCCAUUAUUUUUGGUCGAAUUACCAUGUGUCGCUAUGCAGCUGGCAGAGGAUGCUCCGAUCAUGGAGGAAACAGUUCGUGAAAUUGAAAUUAUGCUCAACGAUCGAGGAUUCUCAAAGGCAACAUUUGUUUCGCACUCACUUGGAACGGCUGUUUGUGCGUGGAUUGUUAAGGAAGCUAGGAAGCUGGUUGGCGGUCUGGUAUUGGUAGAUCCAAUCGUAUUUUUACUGCAUUAUCCUGAUGUAGCUUAUAACUUUGUAUACAGAAAUCCAAUAGCAGCAAACGAGUAUCUAACAACAUUUUUUGCAUCACGCGAACUAUACACCUCGCGCUACUUCUCUCGUUAUUUCCAUUGGUUCCAAUCGACCAUAUUUAUUUCUUCACGGAACAUUCUUCCGACAAACACUUACGUCUACCUGUCUGAACAUGAUAAUAUAGUCCCAUCAAAACAUGUUCACAAAUAUCUCAACAAAAACAAUGUGGCCGUCCGUAUGAUGCAUGAACUAGAUCAUGCAUGUUUCUUAUUCAAUUCUACAUGGCAGAAGGAAAUUAUUAAAGAUGUGAAAAGAUGUUGUAACGCUAGAAAAAGUUGGUACAGUUGGUAA